GACAAACAGGACAAAGACAGUUUGUAGAAAAGUUGAACAUAUGAAUUCAUAAAGUCAAUAACUUAGACUUGCUGGCAUUAUGAAACACUCAGAGCGUAAUAUAAAAAGUGUGUUCGGGAAUAUCCACACACUCAAUCAAACACUCGGAACUUGGACAGUAUAUCUUUAUUCCCAGCUACGAUCCUCGUUCACUACACCGUACAUUCAUUAAUUCAUUCUGCCAAAUCAUAACAACUCUCUUUUCUUAUACACAGUCUUGGCAUUUGCCUGCGUGCAGACGUCUCCUAUUUCCUUUGUUGCAUGCGGAACAAAGGAAAUAGGAGACGUCUGCACGCAGGCAAUCUUGGCAUUUUUGUUAUGAGAUAUCUAUGUGUCAUAUUCUUAUCACAUCACGCACGUAACAUUGAAAAGCAAUUAACUUGUCAGCUUAAUACAUUCCUUAUCUCUUUUAAAAAAAUACACGCGAUCAAGGUUUCCAUUACUAUGUUUAGGGUAAGGCACUUUAUGUUGUGUAACGCACUAUAUGUUUCCCAACAAAGUGAACCGAUCACGAUGACAAAUAUGCUUACAUUCAUAUAACUCGCUAAGGUUUCAAUACCAUUUUGUAAUUCAUUUUAAUAAUUCACGAAAUUCUAAAACAACAGCAGUGCUGAUAGGCUGUUUCUUCAUCGAACAAUCAUCGUACACAGGAUCGGUGAGAUGAGUUGCGAACAAAUGACGUAAAGGCCAAAACUUGUUUAUUCACAGCAGAUGGAUAUUAUCAUGAGUUUCUGACAAUAUGGCGGACGAAGGAGGUCAUACCGCUGCUGCGAAUCCAGAAAUCCAGCUGAACACACACUACUUCAUCAGGACGUUGUUUGGUGUCUUGGUCCUCAUCGAAUUAGCCCUAAGCCUUAUCACUGGAGCGUGUUCUUCGGGAACCUGGUCGUACUGCCCGGGACACUACGGCUUUCUCGCUUUUGUGGCGUGGACGUGCUUUAUUCACCUUUUCAUCUUCACAAUCCUCAAACUGAUCGGCCUCUGGGACAAAUUCAGAAUGUUUUGGAUCUUACCACAUCCCAUCAUUCCUCUUAUCGCUUACGGACUGGCAGUUAUCGGGUUUUUUAUUGGCUCCAUCCUUGCAUUAACCUGUGCUAACAAAGCAACGGGCGCUGGUACGGCCGCUGCUGUAUUCGCCUUCGUCACCUUGGCUGUCUUCGUCGUCGAGCUGUUUUUUGCUGCCAAAGCUUUCAGAAGUCCUGCACACGAAGCUCAACAGCAGGCCCCAAAGUAUGACCCAGAGCCCGUUGGUGUGGUGUAGAAUUAUUGAUUUAUGGAUCUUUCGUGUACAACCUCAUGAGAAGCAUGGAGUCGGAGGUAUUGAAAUGGAUUAUCAAAACCUUUACGAAUUGAGAGACUAUACUUGAGUUCCUGGCCUUAUAUUUUUGCUGUUCUUUGACAAAGGAAAAUGGACUGAGAAAGACAGAGUUUAAGCGGGAUAUUUUGGACAAUUUUUUUUUGUUUACUACGGUAGAUAUAUUUACAGUAUUACACAUUAAUUUUGUAGUUCAGUUCAAGUUAGUACACUAAACAAUUUGACAUUUCCUUGUGCAUUUUUCACUAACAACGGAAGAACGUCACUAAAAAACGCGAACAACAGUGAGAAUGGAGUGUCUUAGUACCGGGGAAGUUUACUCAUAUUAUAAGUUAUACGAAGAUUAACUUUUAUCAUGUUGAAUGUGGGGAUGGUAGACAACCUAGAAUUCUGGUAGACAAUUUUUGAAUUCCGAGGUCCAAAACGGUCCGUGGGUCAUUCGUCCAUUUAAUUUUCAAUUCAAAAUUUAAAAUUGAAAAUCGAUGUCAAUUUUUGAUUUUCCAAUUUUUUCUUACUACAUAAUGGAUAAACAGGUUUCAUAAUUGUUUUACCGUUUUCCCCUGUAAACAAAAAUGGGAAAAUAUACACACAGCUGUUACUUUCUACAAUAAAUAUUAAAACGGUUGUCGAACCAUAUACAUUUUAGCUAUUCGCGGGAAAAUGGUUUCCGCAGUCAUCUGUCAACUACUAUGACGUGAAUUAAGAAAAAAAAUUAAAAAUUGAAUGUUGCG